CCUAACCCAGGGGUGGGCAACUGUGGCCCUCCAGCUGUUGGUGAACUACAAGUCCCAUCAUGCCUCUGCUUUGGGAGUCAUGCUUGUAACUGUCAGUUUUACAAUCCCUCAUGGGACUUGUAGUUCUACAACAGUUGGAAGGCCACAGCUGCCCACCCCUGACCUAACCAAGAGUGUCAAACUGGCGGCACUCCAGCUGUUGCCAAACUACAAGUCCCAUGAGGCAUUGCAAGAUUGAUUGACAGUUACAAGCAUGACUCCCAAAGGCAGAGGCAUGAUGGGACUUGUAGUUUUGCAACAGCUGUAUGGCCACCAGUUUGACACCCUUGCUGUAAA